AUGAAACAAAUAAAUAAAUUUAUAAAAAACCAAAAGUCAUUUAAUAGAAUUCAACAUAAAAAGAACUUCUUACUGUUUAUUAUAAAGAUGAGUUUAUCAGAAAACCAAAUUGAUCCAGUAACUUUGCGCCUUCAAGAGGAAGAAGAAAUCCGGAAAUACACAACUUUAAAGGUUGACAACGAUGAAUCAAGACAAGCAUUUAUUGCAGGACAUAAAUUAGCACAAACAAUAUCUUACAAAGAGCGUUGUGCUUGUUAUGUGACACAACAAAAGUGUCAAAAUGAUUUGAAUGAGAUGGCCGAAAAACACGAUGCAUUGGUCCAACAAUACAACACUCUUUAUCAAGGAUAUUUAAAUGUGCUUAAUCAAUGUAAUGAAUUUCAAAAAGUGAACCAGCAAUUAACUCAAACCCAUGCCGAGUUAAACCAAACUAUUCUCACAUUGCAAUCCAAAGGCGAGAAGGAUAUUAAAGACUAUAACGAACUUAUUUCCAAAUUUAAUAAUCAAAAGGAAGAGAGUGAACAAAAGUAUCACAUUUUAUAUUUGGAAAAGGAAAAAUUGUACAAUGAGACUCAAUCGUCGAAACAACGUAUUGCUUUGUGUAAUAAUAAAAUUGCGACACUGACUGUGGAAAAAGACAAAUUGAAAAAGGUAAACGCAAAUAUUGAAGACGAAAAGAGUGCAUUAAUAAAUGAAAAGGUUGCGCUCAAAACAAAGAUCAACAGCCUUGAAAGCGACAACGAAAGCAUUAUAAAUGAGAUGAAUACCCUUAAAUUAGUUCUACAAGAAGAAACUGCCACAAAAGAAAUUUUGAAGAAGAACAUCGAUGAACAGAAGAAAAUGGCUAUCAUUGCCAAGAACGAAGUUACACAAGAAAAACAAGAGAACAUUAAACUUAAAAAAGAGUACACUGAACAAAUAAAGAAACUAAAAGACGAUACUAAAACCCAAGUCGAACAGGCAGAGAGUCAAAACGAAAAACUGAUGUUGGACAUAAACACACUGAAAGUCCAAAUGGAAGCGCUCGAAUCAGAAAAAUUAAAAUAUGAAAAAAAAGUCGAAAAAGUCACUAAACAGAAAGACAACGAAACAUUACUCAAACAACAAAGCGAAGAAAAAUUGAUCAACUUGGAAGCACAAAACUCAGACCAACAAACAGCGUUGGACAAGCAGAAAACAGACAUCUUGUCAUUGAAAGAGAAAGUUGAUAAAUUGGAGAAAGACGUUGACGCUGCACAGAUACGGUCCACUGACUUGUCGACUCAACUUCAAUCUGUCGAAUUAGAGAAAACAGUAUUAGAAAAGGAGAGAGAAGAAUUACAUUUACAACUCCAAAGAUUUAAAGAAGAGUCGGAAAGGACGACUCAAAGACUUGAAAAUGAGACCAACCAAAUAAAACAAAACUCUCAAAAGAAUGUCACAACACUUGAAUCACAAAUAAGUGAUUUAAAGUCCCAGUUAUUUGCACUUGAGAACAAAUCAAAAGAACAACAAGAGACUUAUGAAAACGAAAAAAGAGAAUUAACAAUACUGAACAAAAAAUUGCAAACAGAAAACACUGAACUUGUGACACUAAACAAUAUUAAAACAAAAGCAGAAGAGGAAGAAGCAAAAAUAUUUGAAAAAAUACACACCAACCAACAAAAGGCACUCUCUAUGUUGUGCGCGUUCAAAACAUUUAACUGGAAAAAAGUUGAGGGGACACCAACCAAACGCGCCGUGUUGUGUAUGAAGUCCAUGUUUGUUGUGAAUAACAGAGAGUACUUCAAAGUCGAAGUCGACUUUUCAAUGUGUGAUGUCAAACCUAAAUUAGCAGGGUUAUAUAUCGAAACUCAACAAAAUAAUACGUUUUUAUCACUUCAAAUUGUAGAAAGCAACCAAGUCGUGUUCGUUGUUGGGAAGAAGGGAAUGUUCGAGGUGAGAGGGUUUGCUGAAGACAACUUGAACAAUUCAACUCUCCUCAAGAUCAAAAUUUGA